AUGGUCAACAUCACGGAAAAGAUCAAGGAGAUUGAGGAUGAGAUGCGUCGGACGCAGAAAAAUAAGGCGACAGAGUAUCAUCUGGGUUUAUUGAAAGGAAAACUCGCUCGUCUACGAGCUCAGCUCCUUGAGCCUGCAGGUGGUGCUGGCUCAGGCGGUGGCAGUGGCUUUGAUGUCAGCAAAAGUGGUGAUGCGCGUGUAGCGCUGGUCGGUUUCCCAUCCGUCGGAAAGUCUACUUUCCUAUCAAAGAUCACCAAGACGAAGAGUGAGGCGGCGUCUUACAGCUUCACGACGUUGACUGCUAUUCCUGGUGUGUUGGAGUAUGCGGGUGCUGAGAUCCAGAUCCUCGAUUUGCCUGGUAUCAUCGAGGGGGCCUCUGAGGGAAAGGGUCGUGGUCGACAGGUUAUUUCAGCUGCCAAGACUAGUGAUUUGAUUCUCAUGGUGCUCGAUGCUACAAAGCGAGCCGAGCAGCGUGCGUUGCUGGAAGCCGAAUUGGAUGCCGUGGGUAUUCGAUUGAACAAGGAACCCCCCAAUAUCUACCUCAAGGUCAAAAAGGCUGGAGGCAUGAAGAUCACCUUCCAGACGCCACCCAAGGUGCUGGAUGAAAAGAUCAUUUACAACGUUCUUCGCGACUACAAGAUUCUCAACUGUGAAGUGCUAGUGCGAGAUGAGAACGCAACCAUCGACGACUUUAUCGAUGUGAUCAUGAAAGAUCACCGCAAGUACAUCCGCUGCUUGUACGUCUACAACAAGAUCGACAGUGUCAGCUUGGAAUUCCUCGAUCAAUUGGCUCGCGAGCCUUACACUGCUGUCAUGUCGUGUGAGCUUGACCUCGGAGUCCAAGAAGUCGUUGAACGCAUCUGGAAAGAACUGCGCUUGAUGCGCCUGUACACGAAGCGAAAGGGCGAGGAGCCUGACUUUAGCGAGGCUCUGAUCGUGCGCCAGGACUCGAGUAUCGAGGAUGUCUGCGACCAGAUUCAUCGCACACUUAAGGAGACGUUCAAGUAUGCCAUGGUCUGGGGUGCCAGCGCCAGACAUGUUCCUCAACGGGUGGGACUGGGACAUAUGGUUGCGGACGAAGAUGUUGUAUCUAUAGUUGCGAAAUAA